UUGGUUUCGAUUGUUCAUUUUAUUGCUGUGUACUCAGUUCAAAACUAUUCUCAUGUAGGUAUCAAAGGAGUCGAUCGUCGUCUGACGCAAGGUGUGCUGAAGCGCAUCAUCCCAGCGGUUGCUUCAACCAAAUGCAGUAAUAGCUGCGUCUUCACUGCCAAACCAAUAGAUAAUUACCUUAAUUUCACGGAUAUUGAAGGAGUAUAUUGUGGAGUUGUGAAAAUGGAAAAGGAUCCAGACUGUCCAACGUGCAGUGGAGGCUAUGUACAGCUACAGUGCAAUAAUGAGGACACACUCCAGAUUCUCAUCGACAAGCUCGUAGAGAAAUUCCACUUGAAGAAUCCCUCGAUUGAGACUGUGAGCGAAAAACUGUACAUGAUCAAUGACCUGCUACCUGAGCUCAAAGAUAAAAGUAUUUCGAAUCUACUGCGGCCACUAAGAGGUAUUUUAUACAUGAACAACUUAUAUUUUUUUGAACAAGUGAGUGAAAUUGGUGGAAUAUUCUCCAGAACAAAAGAGGGUGAUGGGAGGAGAAACCAAAUUGAUAGUUAG